AUGGCGAACGUGCGGGAUAGUGACACAUCUUUGUGGCUCCACAAUAAACUCGGUACAUCGAAUGAUUCGUGGACCAGUGGCUCAAUUUGUACACAGUUAAACGCUGAAGUUCUGAAGAAUAUCAAGGAUUGUUUUCCAGACCUGCAAACACAAGUGAAAUUGAAAUUAUUGCUAAGUUUCUUUCAUAUCCCGCGCAGAAAUGUUGAAGAGUGGCGAAAUGAACUCGAAGAGAUUAUCGAAGUGGCAGCGGUGGACUCAGACUUAUGGGUGGCGAUGCUGGCCGAGGUCCUCAAGACGUUUCCCUCAGCGGGCACCCUCAACACCGAGAUAGCAGAGUUCGACGAGACCAGGCCCAUCUUCAGCGAUAUGAUCGGAGAGCUGAGACGGGCGCUAGCCAAACACUCUGACCUUGGACUGCUACCUCUUGAGUGCCUAUAUUUGAAUAAGAAUGCUUUAGUUUCUGUAGUGGGCCAGCAACCCAACGCAGUGAAACACUUCACCCUGAAACGGAAGCCCAAGUCCGUGGCUCUCCGCAGCGAGCUCUUAGCCAAGGCUACCGAGGCCCAGGCCAACCAGAAGAAGGCGCAGGCGCCUACAGUGCCCGUCCGUAGCCGCGGCAUGCCUAGGAAGAUGACUGACACCACGCCGCUCAAAGGCCUGCCGUCCCGCUGGGCGGGCCGCGGGGGCGGCGGGGCGGGGCGGCCCCUCCCCGCUGUCCCGCGGCCCCCUCCCCGCGCGGGCAUCAAGCUGCUUGAUAUUACGGAGCAGCCAGCGACACAUGCUCAGAUCAAGAAGCGCAGGAAGCUUGAAAUGGAAGAAGGCGCAAAGAAAGCCCAGCCCGCGGCGCCCGCGUCGCCGCCGCCGCCUGACUUCGCCAAGGGCCUGUUACCAGCCAAGACGGAACCAGAACCAGCCGCGGCGAGUGCGAGCGAACCGACGGCAGCGACAGAGGCGGCGCCCGAGCCCGCGCCGGAGUCCGAGCCAGCGCCGCCCGCGCCCGACCGUCCGCCGCCGCUCACCAGCCCGCUACUCGUACAGGGCACGGGAGCGAAACCAAUCGUCCUGGGUCAACAGCCGAAGCUUCUAAUAGCGGGGCAGGCGGGCAAGCCGCUGCUGCUGUCAGCUCAGAACCUGCUCAACACCUCCGCCGUCAUCCUGCAGCCGGGCGGCAAGGCCGUGCUGCUGCAGAACAUCAAGCCGGUGCAAGCCGAGCGACCGGCAGCGGCCGCGACUCACGCCACGCCCAGUCCACAGCUGCUCCCAAGACGGGGGCUCUCGCUCACGCGCGAGCAAAUGCUUGAAGCUCAGGAUAUGUUCCGGAACGCGAAUCGCGUCACGCGCCCCGAAAAAGCGCUUAUACUUGGCUUCAUGGCCGGCUCACGGGAUAACCCUUGUCCAAACCUAGGCAACAUAGUAACAAUAAAACUAUCAGAAAACAUAGAGAACGUUCUGCAAUCGGACGACACCUACCUCACAAUGCUCUCCGAAAUGCACUUCCAAAUGAACUACAACAACGGCCAGUGGACCCGGCUCAAGAAAUACCGGCACAUAGACGGAAUGGUGCCCCAAAAGAUACCACCCGGAUCUACGGUCAUAUCGGCGAAUAACCAGCAACCAGUUGUGUCUAUAGCUAACCAGAGCGUGAGUUAAGUCUUGAGUACAGUGUCGUAUUGUGGUUUUUCAAUUGCAUUAGAUAAUGUAACUUAAAACUAGACUUGCGAGCAAAAGUAUGGAAUCAUCCCAUUGUGUUUUGUCCCGAGCGAUCUUAAAAACUAAAUGACUAAAGUCCGGUCGCCGAGCAGAUAGAAUUUCGUCCAAUGACCCCAAGCUACCCAUCUUUAUCGCUCGCAUGUAAUUAUAUUGCUGUCGCGCUCGAACACUCACUGCGGCCGCCCGUCGCACAGUCGCGACAGCAAUAUAAUUAAUUACGUGCGGUCGCACAUAAGGAUGGGUAGCUUAGGGUCAUUGGAUGAAAUUCUAUCUGCUCGGCGACCGGACUUUAAUAGAAGAUAAAUAAAAAUGGUACAAUUUUAAAAGUAAUAUUUUAUACUUUAAAUUGAUACCAGUCAUUCAGUCCUUAUGAUCGCUCAGAAUAACAAAACACAAGGGGGUGAUUCCAUACUUUAGCUCGUAAGUAUAGAUGGCGCUAGUUUCUUUGUAGUUUUUAAAGUAUAGCGCUAGAUGGCGCUAUACGAGUAUUGCGCUGAAAAAGGUUUCGUUGUAAGUUACAUUGUCUAUGCUUCGUCUCAUCUCACACCACUGGGUUCGAAGACGUGUAAAGGACUGAGUUUUAAUAGUACGUAACUAAGGAAUAUGAAGUUUUCGAUUUUAUAACUGGCUUGAAUAGAUAAAAAGCAAGAUACUAGCUUUUUUUUCUUAUAAUGUAUAGAGAGAUUAAAAGGAGAGUACAGAAUGUACUGUUCUGUUCACCUGGUGAUAUAUCGAGAAUUGUAUUUUCAACUCAACAUUAAAUACAUCAUUGUUUUUUUGGAGCCACGAUCGGCGAUGAAGCACAUCAUGUUAGUACGUCUUUAUUUUGUUUAUAUACGAGCUACCACCGCUAUGAAUGCACGCUCUUUGUAAUACACAUAAGCUUUAAACUUGCUUUUUAGCAACAGGUAUUCUAAAAUAUCGUAGAGAAGCAUAAGAAAUAUUCAGUUACAUCAUUAGACAUUUUAAACCUACAAUAAUCGUAAAUGUUUGCCUAAACGAGAUUUGAAUUGCUAAAACAUUCUAAAUAACCUGGACUGAAUUCGCAAGGGACCAAAACAUUGUUUUUUGUUAGAGAAUAAUGCUUUUCAAACAUGCAUAAUAAUUUUUGAUCGGUAGAUGUUGUUGUUGAUGUUUAAAACAUCAGACAGAGAAUCGCAUAAGACUUUAAUGGAAUAACCUACUAAAAUAUCGCUACUGUGUGAUAAAUAAAAAUAUCGUAAGGCAGAUCAGUUAUUGGCGUUGCACGUAAAAUCAAUUGUUGGCAAUUCGCGAAAUCCAUUCUAUGUACCUAAUUGAAAGAGAAAGAAAAUAUUUUUAUUUAGUCCAAACAUCCUUAGACAUAAUUAGGACUUCUAUUUUUCUCCAAUGUUAUAUUUGGCAUUUACUAUUGAAUAGUCGAAUAUUUUUUUUUAAACCAAACAACCUUUAUCUUUAGACACUCCCCCAGGGCCACACAUAUAGCGAUAAACUGAAGAUUAACGCUGCUGCGAUGUAGCCAAGUAUUCUUCGGUGCUUCUUUUUGCAGUCGCAAAAGUCCGCUCCGUUGACAACGGACCGUUGUUGCCGGAAUAUAAUCACGAUGUGUGUGGCCCAGGGAUCAUAAGGAUAAAAUAUGUCAUAAUAAUGUCAAUUGUUCUUGGUAAAAUUAAUAUGAUACUUGGAAAAAUGUGGCGAAUGCAUUUCUUACUUUUGGCCAUCACCACUGGUCAUAGCCCAUAUCAGCAGCAUUCACGUGAUUAUUCUAAAAAAUAAAUCACAAUACGAGACUGUGGUGCGUAUUCUAAAUAACAAUGACUUAGGUAUUUACUAAUGUGGACAUGUAUUUUGUAGUGAAUCCUGCAAUAAGUACAAAUUCAUGUUAGUAACGAUAUUAUACCUUAUGCUAUUGCUUUUAAGCUCUGUAGUUGAUCUUGUAUAAAUGGUUUUUACUAAAUAACAGUAUACUUACAUAAUACAUAUUAUAUCGAAUCCUUUACAGUUCUGUAGCAUGCGUUUUUUUGGAAACUAUGUAAUAUGAUUAGUGUAAAUCUAUUUUUUUUCGUGAUUUACCUUGCCUUUAACAUAUAAGUUAUCUAGUAAAUUCGCAUGCAAUAAGAUUUUGGUUUUUCCCAUAUUGUCUUGUCUAUGUUUAAACAAACCGUACCCGUAUUAUUUUCUCUGAAGUUUUAAGUUGUAUAGUGAAAAUCAAUUCGAUAUUAUUAUCACCGGUUGAUUGAGAGAAUAUCUUUUAGUUGUUUUGUAUGGUUGUCAUUAUUAGUUUUUGUAAAUGCUUAUGGUUCAGCCAAACCAACGCGUGUAGCCUGCGUGCGCGAUGGCGAUCAGACGUCGUGUAUGAAUUUUCAGCAAUGCGUUCACAUCAACGCAUCCUAUCAUUCUUCUGUCGACAGCAACAAACCUACACAGUGUCAGCCCAAAACUCUGCUACAAGAGUGUCUGUCAGUAGCAUUAAUUAAAUCUUCCUGCGUGCAGUUAUUUGGGCACGCAGGGCGCGACAUUAUGUGCUUCAUCGACUGUGGAACUCAACCACAAUUGCACU